AUGCUAUCAAAUAAUGCAAUAUCGUUUACAAAAUCAAUAAUCGAUGAUUUCAAUGUCGCACAGCAAAAUUUUAUAACAAAACUUUCUUUAAUUAUUCCAAUUCUUGGUCUUAUUGGAUUCAUUGGUAAUGUUUUUACAUUUCUUCAACCAACUCUUCGAAAACAAUCAUUUUGUCUGUACACCCUCGUAGCAUCAUUUGUUGAUAUUCUCAAUCUGUUUGUUAAUUUAUUUCCACAAUACUUUAAUCCAUCAUCUGGAAAUCUUUUUUCGAAUAUAUCUGAUAUUUUUACAUGUAAAUUAAGAUUUUUUCUUUUGGUAUUUUUCCCUCAAUUAUCAUUAGAUCUUUUAAUAAUGUGUCUCAUUGAUCGCUUUGCAUGUACAUGUGGUUUAAAAUCUCGAAUGCAACGAACUCUUCAACUGAAAAUGGUACCAAUGAUGAUUUUCUUCACUAUUAUUGUUAGUUGUAUUGUAUCAUUAUAUUCUCCCCUUUCGUAUGAUAUUCUUCCUGGUUAUGGAUGUGGAACAGCACAUCCAACAGAAAACGCUGUGAGUUAUAUUGUUAUUCAUGGAAUCAUAACACCAGUCACAAUGUUAAUCUUUGUAUUUUUAACUUAUCGAAAAUUUUCUCAAAGUCGACAACGAGUUAGUGUAGUGACGAUUGGAAAGCGAAAUCGUUUUCGAAAUCACUUUAUUGCAAUGGUAUUUGCGCAAGUAUUUGCAAGUAGUUUCUUUAUUUUACAAUGGAUUGGAAUGUAUUCUUACUUUUUGGCAACGAAGAACGAUAACAAAACUGUUGAAGAAUGGACGGUCAUAUAUUUUCUGCUGGUUUUAACAAACAAUUUGUACUAUAUGAUCAAUGUGCGAUCGUUUUAUUUAUCGACAUUAACAUCUCGUCUUUUCCGAGAGACAAUGAUCAAAGGUAUUUGGAAUUUAUUACCUAAUGAUUUAUAUCGACGAAUAUAUCAAAGAAAUGUUGCUAUCAUCAAUACUAUGGGUCGGAGACCAACUGAAUAG